CCCCCGAGGCCGGGGCUGAGGGAGAAGCAGAGGUGCUGAGGCGAUUGAGCGCCCUUUCCGGCGGCGGUCGAUUGGAAGCUUGGCCCUCGGAGGCCAGGCCGGGCCGGGCCGGGCCAGGUAUAGAAACAGAGACGUCAUGGGAAUAAAAGUCCAGCGUCCUCGGUGCUUUUUCGAUAUAGCCAUCAACAAUCUACCUGCGGGAAGAGUUGUCUUUGAGCUGUUCUCUGAUGUCUGCCCCAAAACAUGUGAGAACUUCCGUUGUCUUUGCACAGGUGAAAAGGGCACAGGAAAAUCAACUCAGAAGCCAUUACAUUAUAAAAGUUGCUUGUUUCACAGAGUUGUAAAAGAUUUUAUGGUUCAAGGUGGUGACUUCAGUGAAGGAAAUGGACGGGGUGGUGAAUCAAUUUAUGGUGGAUUUUUUGAAGAUGAGAGUUUUGCUGUUAAACACAACAAAGAAUUUCUGCUCUCAAUGGCCAACAGAGGAAAGGAUACUAACGGUUCUCAAUUUUUCAUAACAACUAAACCUACACCUCACUUAGAUGGGCACCAUGUUGUUUUCGGACAAGUCAUAUCUGGUCAAGAAGUUGUGCGAGAAAUAGAAAAUCAGAAAACAGAUGCCGCAAGCAAACCAUACGCCGAAGUACGGAUACUUAGUUGUGGCGAGUUAAUUCCUAAAUCCAAAGUCAAGAAAGAAGAGAAAAAAAGGCAUAAAUCGUCUUCCUCAUCCAGUGAUUCAGAAAGCUCAAGUGAUUCAGAUUCUUCCUCUGACUCCUCUUCUGAUUCAGAGAGUGCUUCGGAAGAGAAGUCAAAAAAACGAAAAAAGAAACACAAGAAAAAUUCCAGAAAGCAUAAGAAAGAAAAAAAGAAGAGAAAGAAAAACAAGAGAAGCUCAUCUAGUGAAAGUGAAGAUGAAAAUCCUGAAGCACAGCCACAGUCUACUGUCCGUCCAGAGGAGAUCCCUCCUAUUCCUGAAAACAGGUUCCUGAUGAGAAAAAGUCCUCCCAAAGUAGAUGAGAAAGAAAAGAAAAACAGAGAGCGCGAGAAAGAGAGGGAAUGUAAUCCGUCUAACUCCCAAACGUCUUCAUACCAGAGGAGGCUUUUAGUAACAAGGUCUGGAAGGAAAAUUAAAGGAAGAGGGCCACGGCGCUAUCGAACUCCUUCCAGAUCCCGGUCAAGGGAUCGUUUCAGGCGGAGUGAAACCCCUCCACACUGGAGGCAAGAGAUGCAAAGAGCUCAAAGAAUGAGGGUGUCAAGCGGUGAAAGAUGGAUCAAAGGGGAUAAGAGUGAAAUGAAUGAAAACAAAAAAGAAAAUCAAAAGAGUCCAGGGAGAGGAAAAGAAAGAAAAGUGUCUGAUCACAGACAUGCCUCUGAGAGCCCAAAUAGAAGGAGUGAAAAGGAAAAGAAGACUAAAGACCAUAAAUCCAACAGCAAAGACAGGGAAACAAGGAGAAAUUCAGAAAAAGACGAUAAGUAUAAUAAAAGUAAAACUAAGAAAAGGGGCAAAUCUAAAAGUCGGAGUAAAAGCAAAGAGAAAUCCAGAAGUAAAGAGAGAGAUUCAAAGCAUCUCAGACAUGAAGAAAAGCAUAUGAGGUCAAGAAGCAAAGAAAGGGAUCAUGAAAAGGAGAAAGAGAAAGAUAAGCAUUCUGAUUCUAGAGGUAGGGACCGAGAAAAGAGUAGAAGUAAAGAGAGGUCUAAGCGGGCAGGAUCUAAAAGUAAUGAACAUGAUCAUACUAAAAAUAAAGACAGGGACAGACAUGCAAAAUCAAGGAGUAGGGAACGUGAACAAAAUAAAGGAAAACAUAGCUCCAGUAGCAGAACGAGGGAACGCAGUAGAAGUAGGGACAGAGGAAGAAGAGGCAGGUCUAGGAGCAAAGAACGAGACCGUAGUAGAAGUAAAGAGUACUACAGGAACAGAGACAGGGAUUCCAGAAGAAGGGGAAGAUCGAGAAGUAGAGAGAGGAAAAGAACACCUGAAAAAUCUAGAAGUAAAGAAAGCAGGAGGAGGAGAGAUUCGAGGAGCUCUGAGAGAGAAGAAAGUCAAAGACGAAGCAAGGAAAAAAACCGAAGCUACGAAAGCAGGAGUUCACACAAAAAAGACAACAGUGAAAAUGAAAAAAAGAGGCGCUCAAAAAGCCGGGACAACAGCAGCCCUGAGAGCAAUAAAGAGAAAAAGGCAGAUAGAGAUCAAAGUCCUAGUUCAAGAAAAAUACAAAACAGUAAGGACAGAGAAUCAAAAGCGUCUGGGUACAAAAAUAAGGAAAAAGAGAAGACCAGAUCCUCAGUGGAAAAAGAAAUCAACCAAAAAUCAAAGAGUCAAGAGAGAGACCAAGCCCAUAUUAAGGAUAAAAAAUCUGAUCAUGAAUCAAGCCCUGGAACAGAUGAAGGCAAAAAUGGAUGAGUGAGUUGUAUGAACUUCUGUCCCUUCUGUCUCUUUUUAAGUUCUAGAGACUUGCUGGAGAACAUCUUUUUGCCCCCAAAUUCCCUUUAUUGUUUUGGGGUUUUGUUUUGGUUUUUUGUUUUUUUUUUUUAUGUGGACUUCAUUAAGUUUGAUCUUUUGAUAAUCUACAACCUGGAUAAUUUGUACUGCUAAAGUUUUAAUAAACUUGAAAUGAGAAAAAA